UUGUAAACAGAAGGACGUUCCGCCUCCAGGAGACAACGAGCAGAAAACAUGACCAAACUGGAGCUGCUGAACGCGUUUCUGAACGACAGGUUGACUGCGGCCGCCGACGAGAUUUUCCGUGCCGUGAAGAGCACGGUGGCGGAGUAUCAGAGCGAAAUCCUGCGCUCCAAGGAGGAGAACGAGCGGCUCAAGCGGCUCCUGAACGUCGCUGUCCAGCGGCUCCUGCUGCAGUCAGAGCCUCACUCUGACCAGCCCCAAGAGGACGCUCAGCCCCAAGAGGAUCCUCAGCCCCACGAGUCCGAGUGGAGACGUGGCGUGGAGCUGCUGCCGCAGAUCAAAGAAGAACCACACCUCAAAAACUGUCCGGCGGAUUGUUCGCAAGAAGCAAGCGACUCGGAGGAGGGAAGCUGUAGUCGCGUGGAGCCACCGCAGAGGUCACAUCCGCCGCUGGCACCAACAGCAUGCGGCAGACAGAGUGUGUCCCCAACUCCACUAAAAGCGCAGGAGGUGAAGGCAGAGAGCGACGGGGAGGCCCACAGCUCACCGCCCUCUGUGACUGUUCAUCCAAACUGCAGAGCCGCUCAGGGUGAUGCUCGAGGCGGCACCGCAAAGAGUCACAGGACACCGAGGACGGAGCAGCAGGCGAGAGGGUUCCUGCGCUCAAACGGCAAGAACAGCACACACAUACUGCAGAUCAAGAACGUCAGAUCCCUGAAGCCGCCGCCUUCUCGCUCCUCUCACCCGAGCCAGAGCAUCCAGAGGUGGCACAGCUGCAAGGAGUGUGGGAAGGGCUUCAGCUUCGCCUGCCAGCUGGAGGUCCACAUGCGCUGGCACACCAAGGAGAAGCCGUACAGCUGCGCGGUGUGCCGGAAGAGCUUCACAACAGUCAGCAUGCUCAAGAGGCACCACCGGAUCCACACGGGGGAGAAGCCCUUCCGCUGCCACGUCUGUGGGAAAUGCUUCAACCAGUCGGCGCACCUCAACACCCACUUCCGGCUGCACACCAGAGAGCGGGCUGGCUGGAGCCGAGCGCCGCUCCCCAAGUGAACAAAGACUGGAGACAUGUGUGAACUCUAAAAGGCUUUAACCGGCCAAAUGUCAGCUGCAAACCGUGUACAAUGAUGGUGUUUGACUGUGUGUCUUGUCCCUUGUACAAUAAAGCGUGGUAUGUUACCAGUUAGGCUCCACUGAUUGGGCUGUUGGACACACUCGAAGGAAUUAAAGGGACACUUUAGGGAAACCUUUGAACUGCAGUUCAUAUCUUAGAUGUGCAGACAUUUAGACAAAGUGUAGGUUAUUUAGAGCUUGAAACGAGAACAAAUGCGCCCACCAUGUCAAUUGUGAUUGCAACUUUUGGGAGUUUUUCCUUAUCCGAUGUGAGGUCCUGGGACAGGGAUGUCAUAUGUGUACAGAUUGUAAAGCCACUGAGGCUAAUUUGUGAUUUUGGGCUAUACAAAAUAAACUGAAUUUAAUUUAAUUGAACUAGUGACUGUGUUGACAAGGAAGAGAGCCCUGACUGGCUUCCUCAAAGAGGAAGUUGGUGGGAGGCGAUGGCAAUGGCAGCGGUAGUUCAUAUUCAUGUGUGUGUGGGUUUUGGGUCAAAUAAACUACAGUGUGUGUG